CCCCAUCGCCCCUGAUCUUGUUCGUGCAUCCAUUAUUUAGCGUCUUAGCGUCGUAUACGGACGCGGUUAAUAAACCUCUCUACCCCGCGCGCAUCUUACAUCAGAAAAAUGUCCAAGUUCGGUGUAUUGGUAAUGGGCCCGGCGGGCGCUGGCAAAACCACCUUUUGCAAUGCCGUCAUUCAACAUCUCCAGCAUACGCGCCGAAGUUGUUUCUACGUCAACCUGGACCCGGCCGCGGAAAGCUUCAACUAUGAACCUGACUUGGACAUCCGCGAACUGAUCACUUUGGAAGAUGUCAUGGAGGAAAUGGGCCUGGGGCCCAAUGGAGGUCUGAUCUAUUGCUUUGAGUUCCUCCUGCAAAAUUUGGACUUUCUGUCGGAAGCCUUGGAUCCGUUGAGCGAAGAAUAUCUAAUUAUUUUCGACAUGCCGGGCCAGAUCGAGCUCUACACACAUAUCCCCCUCUUGCCGUCACUGGUACAGUUUCUGUCGCGUGCGGGGCCCCUGAACAUCAACCUCUGCGCGGCGUAUCUCCUCGAAAGUACCUUUGUCGUUGACAAAGCCAAGUUCUUUGCCGGCACCCUAAGUGCCAUGUCCGCAAUGCUGAUGCUCGAGAUGCCCCACGUAAAUAUUUUGACUAAGAUGGACCAGGUCCGGGACAUGGUGACUCGCAAAGAAUUAAAGAGAUUCACCAAUGUGGACGUACAGUUGCUGCAGGAUGACGAUGCUGAUGCGAUGGGAGACCCGUCGUCCAAAGAUACAUUGCUCAGCGGUGGCUCCUUUAAGCAGCUCAACCGGGCCGUCGGCCAACUCAUCGAUGACUUCAGUAUGGUCUCAUUUCUGCAAUUAGAUGUGCAGGACGAGGACAGUGUCGCCGCUGUUCUGAGCCAUAUCGACGAUGCCACUCAAUUCCAUGAAGCGCAAGAACCGCGCGAACCCAACGAUGAGCAGGAGGUUAAUUACGAGGAUGCAGACAUAUGAUCGAUCAAUCAAAAAUAUGAAGGAAUUAAUUGUCAAAUAGCCUUGUUCGAACAUACAGGUGGGACCUACCAGCAGCAACAAGACGGGGCCAUUUAAUCCCUCCAACUUGUUGUUAUGAUCCGACCGCCAAGGGGCGCCAGAAGGUCACUGAUACGCUUUGAUCCCGUGGCAGGGAUUUGCCCGCUUAGCCAGAUCAGAGCCAAUAAUGAUCAUCAGCGCGCUGGCGAGCAAGCAAUGCAACACCCAAACAUGGUGUGCUUGCUCCGUCAUCA